CACGCUCUCUCAUACUGUAGAUUUGUAAACACACUACAAGUCAUCUGGAUCACAUUUACGGACUUUCGCUUUAUUUCGAAAUUGAGUAUCAUAGAUUCUUAUGUUUUUGGACAAGGCAGUCGUUCCUUGCGUCAUUUUAACCAGCAUAUAAUCUGUUUAUUCCUAAAUGCAUGACGUUUCAUGCAGUUCGAGCUUGAUUUAUUUUAUUAAUAAAAACAGCGUCUUUAGCGAUGCAUAGUUCUUAUGGACACUGGACUUUUAUAAACUUAAAAUGUUGACAUUUCACGGUGUCAAGUCGGAAAGUUGGUGUCCUUUUAUCACUGAUGCGUAAAAUCAGGCCAUUUCCUCAAUCUCGGGAUUCGUGUGAACUACAGCCAGUGCAUGUUUUCUGCUAAAUCUGUGCACACAUGUUGAGAUUAAACCCCACUUUCGAUACCCAAAAAGAUGUCGUGUCAAGCGUCUUGGCGAAGGAGGAAACUAUCAGAGGGAAUAUAGGUGUUCUUGAACCUCGCAUUCUGAACGUGGAAAGAUAUGGAGUUGUCUUGUACUCAUGGAGAGGUGCAUCGGGGACUACAAGAAUUGGGAAAUAUGAUCUGCACAAGACAGAAAAUAAGCUUCUCUACACAUUUGACAAGCAGGUGUGUGUCAGCAGUUGCUCUUUAAACAAAGAAGAAACACUUCUGGCUGUCAGUCUGUCACAAACCACGCAGGAAGGAGGCCGACUUAAACCAGUGUCAAAAUGUUUAACGCUUCUCAUAGAGAUACACCCAAUAAACAACACAAAAGUCCUGAAGGCAGUGGACUGCAGAGUCAAAGUGCAGUUUCUUUAUCCCAAGACAUGCAGGACUACUGUGAUGGAGAGUCAUUUACUGUUGGUGGCAGAGGAUGGCUACGUUGAUCAGUAUCACAUAACUCUGAUAAGGCAGGAGGGCUACAGAGUGGUGAUGCUGAACCCAGAGCGUCUGGGCAGAGACCGAGUGGCAGAGGAAUUUAACUGGGUCCAGUGGGAUUCGGACACACAAAGACUGUUCUACCUCACUUCACGGGAGAAACACACUCUGAAGUGCGUGCAGUUUUACCCAGAGCGCAACUUUGAGACUGUGUUUGAGCUUCCACUGGAGAUGCCCAACCUUUCUUCUGUCACUUCGGUGAGGUUUGUUAACUUCGGGUACGAUCAUUAUGAGGAGAUGAAUGGAAAGGAUGGUCUGAGGUUAGAGGUGUUUACUGACCCAGUAGGAACCAUGUGUGUGUGCUACAGCCAACCGGUCCGCUGGAAUAAAGAUGCCACAUACACUAUUGCAUUUGUGCACAGAGGCUGCAGUAAGACAUUCACAGUAUCUCUGGAGAAAGGCUCUGCACCCGCAAAUGAGCCGAAGGUCCAUCCCAUCUUCAUACAUCUGGGUUAUUAUAUAGUGGUAUACCUGGCGGGUCAUUUCCUUCAUCUGAUCAACUGCAGACAGCAAGAUCUUCUCUGCUACAGUCUGUUCCUGUCAGGGGCUGAUGGACAUAUCGAAGCUCUGGGUUCGGGCUGUGAGGUUAUAAGCGUAUCUGGCAGGAGACUGCUUGAUGUCAGGUCUGGCAUGAUGUACACCACGGAGCUGAACCACGACUUUGUGCUUGAGCUCCUCAGCUCGGACAGGCCGGAAGCCCAGCAGCUCGCUGCCCUGCACUGCUCGCUGGUCUACCUCCAGCCAAAGCCUGUAAUAGAGCUGAAGAUUAUAAACUGGAUCAGUGAAAAUGUCAUGAGCUUUGAUGCUUUCGAUCAGAUUCAGGAAUUCAUUCUAGCUUCCCUGUAUAGAAUGAGCUAUCAGCAGUGUGUGAGCCUAGAUGAAGUGUUGCCAUACUCCUGUGUGUUUGAGAAGAAGGAGCUGCCUGUGGCUCUGACUGCCAUCCCUGGUGUCAAAUGUACUCCUGAAUUGCUCUGUCAACCGCUAAUCAAAGGGAAGGCUAAGAGCUUGCAUGGUUAUUGGGAAGAGCUACAUCACGUUCUGGACAGGAUGCGAUAUUUCGAGGCUGUACAAGGCCCGCGCUUCAGAACCGCUUUAAUUAAAGAGGACUGGACCAAACAUCAGGUAGCAAUGCAGAACCAGGAAAAAAAGAAAUCCCCUCGCUAUAAUCGGAACGUCGAGGAGAACACCAAAAAAGUUCUAUCCAUGGUGGACACCUGGCGUUUGGACAGGCGUGUGGUUCCACUGUUUCAGGAGGAAGACCUACAGCAGAGGGCACUGGUGGGCCUGAUGGUUGACAAGCUCCGAGAACACUUGAACAGGCACUUACCACGACUGGGGAAAAAAAAGAUCGAUUUGCUGGUGGUGAACUAUGCUGCUAAACUGGCGGUUCUACAUCUUACUGUGGUCGAUAAACACUUGAACUCAUCCCAACACAGUUAUCACCCUCCUGCUGGGAAAAUGACAACAAACCCCCACAAUCCACUGCUCUCUUAUCUGGAACUGGUCUGGCACUUGUUGGAAUUGAUGUGGCAGAAGCUUGAGUUGGGUCCCUGGGUGCUUUGCCUCAAACAACAGGGCAGUUCAGAGGAGUGGGCGAUGUUCCAUGUGAUGUUUCGCAUUCUGGAAGCAACUAAAGGGCUCUGUUUCCCCCUCCCUCCAGGUUAUUCAACUCUGUUGAGUGUGCUUGGAGUCCGCUGUCUCCCACGGCACACAUUUCUCCAGUAUGUGGAUCAUGGCCUUUUGCAGCUCACUGAACCGUUUGUUUCACGACUCAUGACGGAUCUGGAUAACAGCGAUGCCAAUGAACAACUGAAGUUCAGCAUUCUAAAGAGACUUCCUGAGUGUAUGGAGAAAGUGAGACAGCAGUGGGAUCACCCCGUCACCUCCGCUUGCAUCUCCAGAGAGUACGUCAGAACGCUACUGGAAAAGUAUCCAGAGAACAGGGAGACUAUAUCGCUGGACCAUGGCAAGACGUUCUUCCAUCCUGAAUUUCUGCCUCUGAACUACCUUGCCAAAAUUCUUGCGGACAGAGAGAAACAAGCUCUGAACCCUUUUGAAAGUGAGGAGAAUGUGGACGCCAGGUUUGUGGAAGAGACCGCCUUAAAGCAGACACUGAUCAAGCUUGGCUUCGAAGUGAAAUAAAAAAAGUUUAUCACAAACGCACAAAAAUGUUAUAAUAAUAUAUAAGAAAAGGGAAACAAUUAGACUCUUAUAAUGUCUUAAAUAUUUAAUCUAAGGGACAUUGUACUACUGUAAACACUAAAGCCCAAGUUCAGUUUGUAGACCAAAUAUCAUUCCUAGCUGAUGGUCUUCUCUUUGAAAUCCUCACAUUUUGCACCCAGAUGGACAUGUACAUACUCUCAUAUUAGAUAUGCCAGUGCAUAUGGGUAAAAUUAUGAUUCCAUUCCAUGGAAGAGCAUCAAAAAAGAGGAAUAUUACACCAGAUGUUUUUUUUGGAGGGGGGGACGAAUUGGGCAAAUGUGUACAUAUUGUACUAUAUUAACAAGAAAUAAAAAAAUCUUUAUGCUA